CGUGACAAAAGGUGGGUGACGCCGAAUCGAGUGUUUGCCCGGGCAAGCCGGGUGUCAGGUGUUGUGUGUUAUUCUUCGAAAAAAUCUCGGUUCUUGGGCGCGCUAGCAGAGGCACCCCGGGACGGGACGGGCAGUCAAGACAGGAGGAAAGAAGAAGAACCGACGAAUAGGGACGAAGACAAUUAUCAAAGUGGCUGAGACGAUCUCUUUUUUCCGUGAAACUACAAGAACUCGACCGAGAAACUAUAUGAGGAACAAAGCAACGAGGAACGAAAAGACAGAGAGAACGUUAAUUGAAGUAUGAACAAGUGAAACGCGUGAAAAUUGAAAUUAAAGAUAAACGGAAAGACAAAUACACCGUCGUUAGAUACUCGCGUACUGACUGAAUUUCUAAAAAAUAUCGGCAAACUUGUGUCGCAGGUAUAAAAAGCCCGACGAACGGUGCCGUCGUCGUCGCGUCGUUGUCGUUUCCAACACUAGUAUAACAGAUUUAAUACAACUCGUGAAACUGCGGUAGUGCGUGCGUCGGUCGGCGGUCGGCGAUCCACCCAGCGUCAUCAUCGCAGUCAACGUCUCGUCUGAGAUAGGAGGACGUCGAAGAGUUCGACAUGAGCCUGGAGACGCUCCUCGAGGCGGCGCGGUACGUCGAGUUGCAGGAGAAGAAGAGAGAACGCGUCGCAAGCUCGUCCUCGGAUCAAGCCAGUCCCCACUCUCACCAUUUUGCAUCGAGCGAGUCACGUGGUAUCAAGGUGAAAAGAGAACGAUCCGAGCUCGAUGACCUCUUCUGCGAAGAAAAAAUGCUCAUCAUCGAUGACGCAAUUCAGCCAUGGAUCAUCAACGUCAGGCGGAUCCGUCCGACUGUAGGAUUGAUGCGAAAUCGGAGCCGAUUAAUCCGGAAGACCGGUCGAGGGUGUAGUCUUCCUCUUUCUCUUCCUCCUCCCCUUUUCACCCCCGGCCCCGGAGGCGAUCGACCCGAAAUUUCGGACAGAAAUGUGAAGAAGAAGAGGGUCGUGUCAACCUGGAAAUAUCGAGGAGACUUUGAACGAAAAAUGGGCGUUCUGUUGCUCGGGGAAGGGACGCCGACUGUCCAGGCUCCCAACGGCAUGAAUUUGGGAAAGACGUCGACAUCACCUUGCGAGGCAAACAACAACCUAGGCGGUCUACGGGACGCUAAUUAUAAUAGCACGACGUCGACGAGCGACGUUGUCGGGAUAAUAAACGUCGACGACUCUGUGCGCUGGAUGCCACCGCCGCCAAAGAAGAAAUGGAUACGGCAUUACCUUUUGGAGGAGGAGCCGGUGGAGAACAGCAGAACAAACGGGAACCACUACGGGAUACAACGAGCCAGUCCAGUCGGCUCGAGUUCCCGAGGGACGCCGCCGACCUCCGGACAUCUAACGACGCUCCAAACCUCCCAACAGCAUCACAACAAUCACAACAAUUCCCAUAAUCAUUACACAGAUAAUCACAAUUCGAAUCAUUCGAAUCACUCGUACGGCGGGGGACCACCACUUGUCGUCGAUUUGGAAGCCAGCAGCGAUAGCAAACGACACCGGAACGGGCCAUGUGUGAUCCGGUCUGGGACGAGGGAGGUCCACAACAAGUUGGAGAAAAACCGCAGGGCGCACCUCAAGGAGUGCUUCGAACUCCUCAAGGGGCAGCUGCCCUUCCAGGAUGAGAAAAAGUCUUCGAAUUUGUCCAUCCUUCACGCAGCCAUCCGACACAUACAGACGCUGAGGAGAAAAGAACGGGAAUAUGAGCAUGAAAUGGAGACGUUGGCGAGAGAGAAAAUAGCAGCUCAGCAGAGGCUGGUUGGACUUAAAAAGGAAUUGGCUGCCACCUGGGAUCAUAUCGACUUCAAUACAAUGCUUCCAGAAUCAAGUACUAACUUGGAUGUCACUGCAACUAAGAAUGUUGCAGAAAGUAUGGACGUGGAUGUAACUAGUCUGGCGAGAGGUGGCACCAGGUAUAGCAGCACGAGUAGUUUGAGCAGUGCAGCAACGGCGAGUUCUCCACAGAACCUUCAAAGCACUCACUCAAAUACAACUGUUCAUAAUCAAGUCGCAACUGCUGCCGUUGUAUCGCAGACUCAGGGUCUAAAUCUCGCUCAAAGCUCUAGAGAUAGUCCCCCUGCCAGCUCUAGCCCUGGAGCAUCUACGCCUAGCAUUCCCACCCCAGCUCAGGAGAAAGUCAAUUCUCCCCCUACUAUCGUACAGCAGUCGCAUCAGCUGCACUUACCGAUAAGUGCUCAAAUGUUGAACACCAGUCAAGGCCUGGCUACGAUUGUUAGUCCAACCCUUCAGCAUCUUGGUCCAGGUCUGCGAGUAAUUCCUGGUGACACGAGACAACUUUUGGUUACUCAUACAACAGGAAACAAUGAAACGCGACCCUUAACUCUGGCUGUGCAAAACUCAUCUGAUCAGUCGCGACCAUUGAUUGCUGUUCAGUCAAAUAAUGGAAGCGAACCAAGGCCUGUUGCCUUGGUCGUUCAUUCUUCGGCGGCAAAUGAUAACAGAGUUACAUUUGUGCAUUCCCAUCUGUCCAAUAACGACAGGCCUCUGGCAGUUGCUGUUCACUCAUCAGCAAACGAUGUCAGGCCAGUUACCUUUGUUCAUUCUGGAAGUGAGGGCAGACCGCUAGUUCUUGCCACACACUCUCCUGCAUUGAACACUACUAGUGGUCAGGCAAGAAUAAGAACAGGAGCCCCACAGACGACGCAAGCUAUCCAUAAGAUGGUGGGAGGCGUCACCCUCGUUGGGGGUAAUGGUUCAGAACUGACAAGACUCCCAGGCGGUGCAGAAUUGAAUAUUCUACCUGCGAAUGGCCUGACACUGAGUCAUGCAGGGGUAUCGCUCCAAACAACAACGACCAAACCUGGAACUACCGUAAUGCAGAGCACUCCGUCCACAGAGGGUAUAGCUCACAUGGUUACUCCUUUGGGGAACCAGCAUACCCCCUUAUCCGGCUUGACGCCUCUCGUGACGCCAGUGACUGUAGUGUCACAGGGAAAUCAAGUAACUGCUCAUAUACUGGCGCCUUCUAAUCUUGCCGGUAAAAUGAUCACAACCCCGAUACUAAAGUCAGUUGGUCAGAUGCCGCUCGUAAAUGCGCAAUACCUCAAUACGGCCACUUUGGUGAAACCGGUUGUUGUUGUUAGUUCACCGUCAACCACGGCCUCGACUACUGCUUCGAAUUCGCUACCUACCUCAACAACACGUUCUAAUGUCUGACAGAAUAAAUUUUUUAAUAAUAUCACGUGAGGCAUGAUGAGUAUAAAUGCGAUUACCUGCGUUUUGUCAUACGAAGUAAAAAAACGGAAAUAUCAACGAACGUGCACAGGCGUUUUGAUUGUGGGGAGGUUUGGCUAUCCAGGGCAGAAUGUUGAGACCUUUUCUCAAAUCGUCCUUGCAUGGAAUCUCUACAUUCUCAAGGACAGUAUUUAUUCAAAAUUCUGUACAUCUAGCAAGUAAGUGCAAGAUAUUGGGUUUUAAAAGUACAGACGCCGAUAACAACUCUGGGAUAAUGAACACUAUUGACAUACUUGCUAUUUUGGAAGACAGGCAUUGGGAUAUUACUUUCAUGGAAUAGUCCUAGCCUGAAACUUCUACAUUCUCAAGUGCUGUAUUUAUUUAGAAUUUAUUAUUAUUAUUUUUUCUUCUCAUUUCUUCCUAAAUUUUUCUGAAUCCAAGGAAGCCAACACUGCAAACUUUCGUUCAACCUAUUCGAAUAUUAAAAUAUAUUGACGAGUUGAUCAACAUCUCUUUAAAUUGUUAUUUAUUGAAUUAAUAGGUGUGCUACUGCUAUGUGUAGGAUUUGAUGUAGCCAAAGAUUUUAUGUAGGUGGGUUUGAGGAAUUGUAUUGCAAAUCAUGCAAUCUUCUAGUUCGUACGUAACCAGGGCUUUCUACUUGUGAGUAUACCGAAAUCAGCAUAAUAAUUACAUAAUAUAAAUAUACAAUAUCACAUAAAUAUAAAAUUAAAAAUUCUCACUUUGGCUAGAGAUAUAGGAUUGCAUGAACAUGCUUGGAAACAUGUCUUUCCUGUAGUACAUACAAACCAGGGAUUCAUAAUUUAUUGUUACAUGCAGGGGUUGAAAUUACUCUUGAUCAAAAUAAAGGAAACAAGCAAGGUUUAUUAAAACUAAGACUAUCAUUGCAAUUGCUAUAAUUCAUUUUUUUCUUGUGGGGUAUAUAGAGCUGAUGUUUGAAACGUAAAUUAUAUGGAGAUGUACAGCACAGAGUUCAAACGCUUGAAUGAUAAUGAAGACAUACCAUGACGUAGCAAUGUAAAUAUGUACUUGAGAAAGACUAUAAAUAUCUAUAUUCUAAAUUAUAGUCAAAGUUCAAAGCUGAUAUCAAGUAAAUAAAUGUGUCAAUGAUUUUUUCUCUUCAUAUUUUUGUUGAUAUUGUCCUUUUUCAUGUAUAGGGCUAUUAAAAUGUAAAAUUAUAGAUCAAUUCUCCAGACCUUCAACUCUUAACGGUUAAACACUUGUCUAGAGGGAAAAAAUAUUUCAUUUACUCGACUGGUAAAUAAAUAAAUAUAUCCUCAAAUCGACAUGGUCCAAAAAGUAGGCAGAUUAAUGAAAAGACCUCGAGGUUUCAAUCUCUGUUUCUACUUGGCAGAUCUCUCUGUUAUCAAAGUAAAGCAUGCUCGGUAUUUUAUUAACCUACGUAAAAUCUUUGUUAUGGUGAGAGAGAAUCUGAAUGUCUGAUGGCUCAUUGGUUAUUCUAUGACGAAUCAGUGAUAUGGAGAUAUAUAGUUGGAACAUUUUGUAGUUACUAAAUAAAAUACUCUUAAUAAGAUGUAUGCAGAACAAUUCACACAGCUCAGCAUCAGAAUGUUUAUUGGAUUUGAGAGCAUUAUUUGCGCGUCAGAAGUAAGUGAAUAAAUCUUGAGAAAAUAAAUGUAAUGGAUAUUACAUAAAAUUCGCCCUAUUCUCCUUAAAAAAAUGUAUUUCUUGAAAAAUAUGCGUUAAUCUGCAUAUAUCCCACUUGGUAUGUUCUUUUACUCACCAGAUUGCGACUGUUAAUUAGUUUCUUUCCAAUGAACUUUGAAAUGUGGUUUGGCUCGUGAAGCGGAACUGGCUUGAACUGCUUGAAUAAAAGAACAUGCCUCGAACUUAAAAAUUGUUCGUUAUUUCUGUAAUAAUGUUUUUUUUUCUCUUCACCGCACUGUUGCAUGAACACCCAGAGUCAGUAACAGUUGUUAACUUAAUUUGCGAUUGCUAUCAUACCUGUACUUGGCGUAAUUUAUUUUUUUUUGCAACACAACUGUGCUCAUCACAUUAUCUGUUUGACGCGGCUUAUGGCUACAUCUAUCAUGUCAGUAUUUGGAGCAUGAUCAGAUUUGAAUUUUCUAUAUUGUAUAGAUAUUUUCCGAAAGUAUGGCCAAUUUUUAAAAAGAAUAUUAACAAUUAUCGUGAUUGCAAAGCAUCCGAGGGUGUCUCUUCAUUUGGAAAAGAAAAUGUUAAUAUGAUUUGAUUGUUAGUAAAAUGUCAUCUGCUGCUGCAAUGUUUUUGAAUAUUUUGUAACACACUUUGGCUCCGCUGAUUUCAUCGAGAAUAGAAUGAGCCUAUACUACAUAUGAAAAAUUACGUGGUUGAUAACUGAAUGUUUGGCAAUGGAAAGAUGACCAUUAUCCAUUGGUCAAUUUGUAGAAUUUGACGAAAUUCAAAAUUCGGACACGUUUACGUUCGUAUCAUCAGGUAUUACGUCGAUUCUUUGGAAAAAAAAGCUGGGUUGAAUAACAACUUGGUUCAUCAAAAGUGUUUCUGAAUAUUAUAUCAUAUAUAAUAAUACAGAAACGUAUGUAAUGACCUGACUUUAGAAACUAAUCGAGUUAAUCACUUUCAUAAAGUGUUGUAAACGGACUUUGCAAUAUAAUUUUUUGAGGCAAUAGCUGUGCUUAUCACCGUAAGCGACCCCAAGGAAUAGAAGACCCACACAAGAACAAAAGCUUCUGAUUGGAAGUUUGACCAAUCAGAUUUGUUUGUUCCUUUUAACAAUAAAACCGUAGGAGGUCGUUCCAUGUGUUGAAUGCAGCUAAUACAUUAAACACGCCAGCCGCUUGAUCAAGAUAUUUUGUCACAUUUUUAUAUCAAUUCAUGCCUUGUGCAUUAUUUUUCUUAUUUACUAACAAAUACGAAAUCCAACAUACCACGUUUGGUAAAUCGAAUGGCUUCUGUGUAUACAUAUCUAUGCUUAGUUUUCCUUCGUCUUUAAAUUAAACUAAUUUCUUAUAUUCUCAUUUCUUGACAAGUUCAAUUUUACGUAAUGCUUUUUAUAUAUACCAUAUAUGGACUGAUUUUGGCACGUUUUGAACGAAAAGGUUGUUAUAUUCUCGGCAUGUGUGAUUGUUGGCAGUUUUGCCACUGUCUACUUUCGUAUACUAGUAUUAAACAUGCGUAUUGUACCUUUUUCUUUUUUUGUUUUUCCUUUUCAUUAAAUUAUUUUUUAUUGUAAAUCCACAGUGUGAUUUUAUAUCUUCCAGUAAAGUCAACUUACUGGCAAUUGUACAACCUUGUCAUACUGGCAUUUAAAAUAAUCGGUGCCGCAACAUGGUUAUUCGUAGUUCACCUUCACGCAUAUCUCAUAUGUACAGGGUGCCUAUGAUAAUUAAAGACGAUUUAGAGUUUGUAUGGUUUACCAAAUUCUCACUUGUACAUUUAUAUAGACUGUGGAUAGUAAAUGUCAUCAUUGUCUUUUACAAAGUUCUUAGUGGUUUAUUUUUUUCUUAGUCGUCAAAUCAUUUCACAUACAUAAUAUUGUGCAUAAAUGUCCGGUUUUCUUUCGAAACGAAAUGCUGUUUAUCAAUUUAGUAAAAACCCAAAUGGCAAAUAGCCUAUUCUCGUUUGCUAUCAUUUUUUAUACAGCGUAUGUAUACGUACAUACGAAAUCAUUGUUCAUCUUAUGCUAAUAUGUAUGUAAAAUUGAUUGCUUUUACUGUGCUCAUGUUUGCUGCAAGCGAGAAUAUGCAGUAAGGCAAGUGUACUAGUUAUUGACACCCUUGGACGCAAUUAUUGACCCUUUUAUUUCACAAAAUUAUUAAUUUACAGCACAAAUUGUGAAUUUCUCAAUGACUAAAACCAAUUGCUAGAGGGUUGGACACUACAAAUUUAUUUUCUUGUAAUUUUAGAACUAAGGAUCAACCAGAUACAACUAAAAAUGGUCAAUAAUUCGGACAGGGUCAAUAACUGGUACACUUACCUUACAUAAUUAUCUAAGAUCUCAGUUUUGACAGCAAUCGUAUGUCAAAGAAAGUCGCAAACUGAUAAUAUCAGAACUAAAUCAACAUCAUUAUAAGCUAUUAUUGUUACAUGCAAUUAAUGUUAAAUUGCCUAAUCAUUGAAAUAGGUUUAAAGACAAAGUGGUACACCGUAAUAACAGAUGAACUUUUUAAAAAAGCGGUAAAAACAAACAAAUAUGGGAAAGAAAAUGAAUCUUCUAAAUAUGCAAGGCAACCGAGAUUUAAUAGUGGGUUGGGUAUGGGUUGAACGAGAAGGAAGGGAGAGUGUACACGAACAAUGUGAUAUAAGUAAUUAAUAAAAUUAAUUAACAAACGUAAUAAUUAAGGGAAAUAAAAAUUAUUUCCGUUGUAGGCAUCCGCCGUUAAUUAUAUUAUCCAACUAACAUCUCAAAAAUAAAAAUAAAUUGAAAACAAAACGAAAAAAAAAAAAUACAACAAAAAACAUAAUUACCAUAAUUGUACAUAGUAUACAAAACAAAUGAAUCACGAAAUAUAAUUAUAUUGAAUACAACACGAACGCCCAAUUUUUACUCCACUGGACGUAUAUAUUCCAGCGCUGUAUAUCCCAUGCAAUGAAGUUCAUAAAACAUACUUUGAAUGGCAAGCGUAUCGGGAUAAAUGAAACAUAACAAAAAAUGAAACAUAGAACUUGUCGAAGUGUGUUUUAUUAACUCGGUCGUCCUAUAUGUGUCAAUUGUACAUAGUAAAAAGAAAGUUUCUGACGAAGAAGGGAAAAGAAUGAUGCAAUCCAUAUUGAACAAAAUGGGUUACACUGCUCUUUUUGUCUUUUUCUUUCACUUUCACCAGCUGGAAAAACAUUAUCUGUAUUUGCUCAUACACUGGACAGUACAAGUUAACUGACGUCCAAAUCUUGCAAGUUGCACUGUUUUUUUUUCUUUUUUUUUUUUUAUGCAAAACUCGCUUGACAAAGCAUAAUCAAAAUUAUAGCCUUGAUUGAUCAUUUAUAUACUGACGAGUAAGUAUAUUCAGAUACAGUGUGAAGAGGAGGGUGUUUACUAUGUAUGAAUAAAUUCAGCUUCAACGUAAUUAACUCAAUACAAAAUGUAACGGUGGAAAAUUACAAAUUUUUCAGAGGUAAUCAAUGAUCUAUAAAUUACGCGAACGAUGUUAAAUUAUUACACUCACAUGUGUACUUCGCAAUAUAAAAUUUCGACUGAGAAUUAUUUGCUUAUCUGUACGUAGACAGAUAUGAGAACUGUAGCACAUGUAAUGUUUGAGAAUUGUCAGUGUAAAAGAACUACCUGUAGCGAGAGACAACAAAACUAAUUUAGAUAAUUCUAAAGUAUUACGGUAUCGUCAGUACAAUGAAGUGAUAAAUUCUAAAGUGAACAAAUUGCAUUUUCAUCAAUCAAUGCAAUCAAGUUUCCAGAUAUGUAGUCAUAUAAGUUUAUUUCUGUCUAGAAACGACUCUCAUGUAAACGAUCGUUAUAGGUAUAUAUGUUAUGAAAUUUGUAACAAAUUUUAUGGUAUAUUGAUUACAAAUCUCUUGUAAUUAUUACUAUUAUACAUAUGCUGUUGUCAUCUGAUCGUGACUAAAAAUCAUCUCACCACCAACUUUAUAUGAUAUGAAAUAUUUUUUCAUCAAUUAUUCAGUUCCACAAAAUAGGAUUUGCCGGGUGUUACAUUUACCUAUAUACAUAACUCUGAACAAUUCCUAAUUCUGUAGUGCAGAGUUGUUACCAUAAGAAACAGUAGUUGGCUUGAAUAUGCCUGUCAUCCUUUUGAUCGGAAAUAAAUAAUAAUACGUGUCUUAUAAUAUUCUAAGUGUUACUUAUGAUAGGAAUUAGAUAGUCAGAAUGUAAGGUAUGUAUGGUUAGUGGAACAGAGACAUAAGAUUUAAAGUUAUUUGAAGUAACUGUGUAUCUAGAUUACUCGUAAAUUGGUCUUCUGCUGUGUUUCGUUAUAUUUUUGCGAUACGUAUAAGUUAGAGAGAAGAUGAAUAAAUGAAUAACUACAUAAAU